GAUUCUUAGCUAUUAAUUAUUGACGUCUGACGAUUAGUCAUUCUAUUUCACGGUGUUCGUUAAAAACAAAAACAACCAAACUGGUAGCAGAGGCCAGAGUUAGCAUACAGACGAUUCGUAUUUAUUGUGUCGCAGUACUGGGUUGAAGGUUGUUAGUGUUGUUACUUGUUUCAUUAUUUCAUAAUUCCGUUCUCAUAUUCUCUGCUGACCCUGAGAAAUUCAAUUUUUGCAGUUUACAUCACAAACAAAUAAAAACGUUUCUGUACUUCUUGAAAAAAUUAAACAGUUUCUAUGAUGGAGUCAGAAUUAAAAAAUCAGAAUGAUUUAUUACAGCAGUUAAAAUCUUUACGUGCGGAAAAAGAACUAUUAGAAAAACAUGUAUUUGUACUCAAUGAGUGUUUAUCUGUAGAGGAAUUAAAAGCAAAAAUAUCUAAUCUGGAAAAAAAGAAAGAGAUGUUAGGAUCAUUGGAAAAUGUAAUUGGAAGAUUACGGGCUGAAAUUGAGCCACUAAAGUAUCUGAAAUCUAUUUUGAAAACUAAAUUAAGUGAUGAGAAUAAAAUACAAUCAAGUAACAUUGGAUCAGAAUUGUGUACUAAUUUGGAAGUAUGUGCUGAGAUUGAGCCGCUAAAAUAUUUGAAAACAAAACCUGAUGUUGAAAAUAAAAUUCAAACAAAUAACGUGGGGUCAGAGUUAUCUAUUGAUUUGGAAGCAAAUGUUCCUAAAUUUGAUAUGGAAUUUUGUAACAAUACUUCUAUUGACGUUCAAGUAGCACAACCUGUUGAAUCUAAAACUUUUAUUUCUCAAAGUACACAAAACAUUCCUACUGAAUCAGACACAAUUGAUUUGGUAUCUUACCCAAAGUUACCAAUGUCAUCUAAAUCUAAUUCAGUGUCUACUAAAAAUGAUGGCAGUCUUGAUGAAUGUAUGCAACUAUUGGAUCAAUAUGAUGUAGUGACUGAUCAAGAAAUAUUAAAUUUUCCUACAGAAGAUAAUAUUUUGAAAAGUCAAAGUGUUAAUCAGGAAUCUAUUAAUACUGAUAUUGACAACAAGGUACAGAAUACACAAAAAGCAACAACAAGCACUCAUUUUGAUGCUGAAAUUAUAAAUACACUUACAAAAGACCAAGUACCUAUAGAAAAAGAUGUAAAAUUUGAUUUAAAAAAUUUAAUUGAUCUUGGCUUUGGAACAUUUAAACUUGACGAGGCUAGUACAUCUCAACCAACUCUAAACAAAGAAAGUUUACGUUCAGAUGCCAAUGCUAAUAUUGGAGAUUUAUUACUGAAAAUACCACAGCUUUUACUGCAACAAGGAAUGCAUUAUAUUCAAGUUGAAGAAGAAUCUAAAAAAAAUUUUAAUGGUAAUACAAAUGUACCACCAAAAGAGAAUAAUAAAUUAAACAAGGAAAACAAAUUGAAGAAUGAAGUAAAUAAAUUUUUAAAUGACUAUACAAAUUUAUUGCAAAGCAGUUCACAAACAAUAAAAAAUGAUAAUGUAUGCUCCAAACAAGCAGAAUCAAGUCAGCACAAUGAAUUAUCAGCUAAUACCAGUAAUUCUGAAUGUAGUAUUAGUAGCUUCAAUGAUAUGAAUUUAAAAAUUGAUAUAUUGCGUGGUAUAUAUUCUCUUGGUUUUGUUAGUCCAACUACUUUACAAAAACGUACAAUUGUACACUGCCUAAAUGGACGGGACAUAAUUGUUUUUGCUCAACCAGGUAAUGGUAGAACAAUGAUGUUCACCAUACCAUUACUACAACGCAUUAAAACUAAUUUAAAUGAGUGUCAAGCAUUAGUAUUAGUACCAACUCGAGAUCUUGCUGUACAUAUUCAAAAGAUCAUUAUGAGUAUUGGUGACUUUUUGGGUGUUAAUAUAUGUAUUGGUGGUGACAAUGUUCCAAAAAAACUGUCUGUUAUUCCACAUAUAAUUGUUGGUACUCCAUUGGGAGUGUCUAAUAUGAUUACAUGUAAGUCACUACGUACUGGAUGUAUUCAAACAGUUGUAAUCAACAAAGCUGAAAAGAUGUUGUCUAAUAACUACAUCAAAUUAAUUGAGGAAAUAAUGAAAAAGUUAACAAAAACCAGACAAGUCACUAUAUUGACAUCAGACUCACUAGAUCACGUAUUAGACAUUUACAUGGAAACCUUACGUGAUCCUCUAGUUAUAAUAAAUGACAAAGAAAAAGAUAAUGACCUGCUUAAAAAUCUUCCAAAACAAUUUUAUUUAAAUAUUCAAAAUGAAUGGAAAAUGAAUGCACUUUGCGAAAUCAAUGAAACAUUUAAAAUGCAGAAAUCUAUCAUCUUCUGCAACACUUUGGAUAGAGCACAAAAACUAUGUAAUUCAUUACAAAGAUUGGAAUAUGCUGUAUCACUUUUUCAUUUGGAAAUGAACGCACAUGAACGCGAGCAAAUCCUUGAUAUGUUUUCUUCUGAUAACUUAAAAAUACUCAUCACCACAGAUCCAAUCAAAGGCAGUCAAUUUCAGCAAGCUGCUUGGAUAGUAAAUUAUGAUAUGCCAAUAAAUCCUAUUUGUUAUCUAGAUAGAGUAACCAAAUGUAAUGAUAAUAUAAAAUUGAUAAAUUUCAUUUCUGAAAAUGAUGAACUUAUAAAAUCGACAAUUGAAACACACAACAAAUCUUGUAUGAUUCCAAUGCCUCUAAACAUGAUUGAUUUGUUAAAUUAUUUCUCUUCUUAACUCUUAUGAUUUAAUAUUGUUUUAAAAAUUAAGUAGUAUAAUAUAAAUUACUAUAAUAAAUAAUAGAAGAUACAUAUUAAUAUUAUAUUCUAUUGAACUAGAAUUCUAGGAAAUGGGUUUUAUUAUUAUUUUAUAUUAUUAUAAUGUUACUCUAAUUAUAUUUUUAUGUGGCAAUUUUGGGAUGUGUUUAAACUUUAGUUUACAUUUAUUUAUAUGAUUUUACUUUAUGUGAUUUGUUUAUGAGUGAUAUUAGAAUGUUAUUCAAGAAAUAAUUAAGUAGCGAUAUUUUGAAAAUUAAAAAUUUAUAUUGUUUUUUUAUUUUUAUUUUUAUUUCAAUAAUAAUACUUUAUUUCCAUAGUUA